AUGCCUGGCUUCUCCCCGCCUCUCUUCCUUCCCUCUUUCCCCCGCCUCCUACUUCCUCUCUGCUCAGACUCUCUACCACACCCGCCCUUCAGACCCCAGGCUCCAGAUCCCCUUGGCCCAGACAUGAGGAAAGGCAGAACUCCCACCCGUAGCCUGGCCCUAGUCCUGGCCCUGCUCCUGACCCCAGGGGGUUUCAACCCAGUCUGGGCCCAAAAUGAAUCGAGUCCCUGCCCAGCCUUGGGCCCGGGAGUCCUGGCUGGGAUUGUGCUUGGAGAUCUUGCUCUGACCAUCCUCAUUGCCCUGGCCGUUUACUGCUUGGGCCGCCUCGUGCCUUCGGGUCGGAAUGCCUCCGAGGCUUCCAAGAAACAGAGAAUGACGGAGGCCGAGUCCCCCUAUCAGGAACUCCAGGACCACAGAACGGAUGUCUACAGUGACCUCACGCCCCAGCAUGGAUUCUAUAGAUGAACCUGAAGAUCUCCAGUGGGGGCCCCUCACAACAUCUGACUCAAUGAACCCCAGAAGCUGUGACUUCAGUGCCACUAACCCUUUACUGCUCCCUUCUCUGAUCUCUCUUUUCCCCUUCUACCAUUCUUUCCCCAAUAAACAUGGAACAGAGAAA